CGUCAUUGAAGAGAGACCAUGAUGGCGGCGGCCGCGGCGGCGGGGGGAGCCCCCGAGGUGAUCGCCCAGCUGGAGAACGCGGCCAAAGUGCUGAUGGCACCACCUUCCAUGGUCAAUAAUGAACAACGUCAGCAUGCUGAACACAUAUUCUUAUCAUUUAGAAAAUCAAAAUCGCCAUUUGCUGUUUGCAAGCAUAUUUUAGAAACUAGUAAAGUGGACUAUGUACUUUUUCAAGCUGCCACGGCGAUAAUGGAAGCAGUUGUGCGAGAAUGGAUUCUGUUGGAAAAAAGUAGCAUCGAGUCCCUACGAACAUUCCUUUUAACAUACGUCUUACAAAGACCUAACCUCCAGAAGUAUGUGCGGGAGCAGAUAUUGUUAGCCGUAGCGGUAAUAGUGAAACGAGGGUCCUUAGACAAAUCAAUUGAAUGCAAGAGUAUUUUUCAUGAAGUCAGCCAGUUGAUAAGCAGCGGCAACCCCACAGUGCAAACACUGGCCUGCUCCAUUUUAACGGCGCUGCUGAGCGAGUUCUCAAGUUCAAGUAAAACCAGCAACAUUGGGCUAAGCAUGGAGUUCCACGGCAACUGCAAGCGAAUAUUUCAGGAAGACGACCUCCGACAGAUAUUCAUGCUCACAGUAGAGGUACUACAGGAAUUCAGCCGGCGUGAAAACCUUAAUGCUCAGAUGUCUUCAGUCUUUCAGCGAUACCUUGCACUAGCCAAUCAGGUCUUAAGCUGGAAUUUUCUCCCUCCAAAUUUAGGCAGACAUUAUAUAGCUAUGUUUGAAUCCUCACAAAAUGUGAUGCUAAAGCCAACAGAGUCCUGGCGUGAGACCCUCCUGGAUAGCAGAGUUAUGGAGCUUUUCUUUACGGUGCAUCGAAAAAUUAGAGAAGACACAGAUAUGGCACAAGACUCGCUGCAGUGCCUAGCUCAGCUAGCCUCUCUCCACGGGCCAGUGUUUCCAGACGAAAGUUCUCAAGUUGAUUACUUAGCUCACUUCAUUGAGGGAUUGCUCAACACUAUCAAUGGAAUCGAGAUAGAGGACUCUGAAGCAGUGGGAAUAUCAAGUAUAAUUAGCAACUUGAUCACUGUAUUUCCUCGCAAUAUAUUAACAGCCAUUCCAAAUGAACUUUUUUCUUCGUUCGUUAACUGCCUCACACACCUCACUUGCUCUUUUGGGAGAAGUGCUGCCUUGGAAGAAGUGCUUGACAAAGACGACAUGGUAUACAUGGAGGCAUAUGACAAGCUCUUGGAAUCCUGGCUUACUUUGGUACAAGAUGACAAACAUUUCCAUAAAGGCUUCUUUACCCAACAUGCUGUUCAGGUUUUUAAUUCUUACAUCCAGUGCCACUUAGCUGCUCCUGAUGGUACAAGGAAUUUGACUGCCAAUGGUGUUGCCUCCAGAGAAGAGGAAGAAAUAAGUGAGCUGCAGGAGGAUGACAGAGAGCAGUUCUGUGACCAGCUGGCCAGCGUAGGCAUGUUAGGAAGAAUUGCUGCCGAACACUGUAUACCUCUUCUUAUAAGCUUAUUAGAAGACAGAGUGACGAGGCUUCACGGCCAGUUGCAAAGGCAUCAGCAGUUAAUUGGCUCAGCCGGGUCAGCCUCUAUUGACAAUAAAGCGCUUGAUGACCUAUACGAGGACAUUCAUUGGCUCAUCCUAGUGACAGGCUACCUCUUAGCUAAUGAUACUCAGGGAGAGACUCCGCUAAUACCUCCAGAAAUAAUGGAGUAUUCCAUUAAGCAUUCAACUGAGGUUGACAUCAAUACAACGCUUCAAAUUCUUGGAUCUCCAGGAGAAAAGGCCUCUUCCAUUCCAGGGUACAACAGAACCGAUUCUGUUAUUAGGUUAUUGUCUUCUAUUCUAAGAGUGUCAGAAGUGGAAUCUCGAGCAAUAAGAGCAGAUUUAACGCACCUCCUGAGCCCGCAAAUGGGAAAAGACAUUGUAUGGUUCCUUAAGCGGUGGGCAAAAACCUAUCUCCUAGUAGAUGAAAAACUGUAUGACCAGAUAAGUCUGCCAUUCAAUACAGCAUUUGGUGCUGACACAGAGGGCGCUCAAUGGAUUGUGGGUUACCUCUUAGAAAAAGUGAUCAGCAACCUUGCUGUGUGGAGUUCUGAGCAGGACCUUGCAAAUGACACCGUGCAGUUGCUCGUAACGUUGGUAGAAAGGAGAGAGAGGGCAAAUUUAGUGAUUCAGUGUGAGAACUGGUGGAACUUAGCAAAGCAGUUUGCCCGGCGGAACCCACCUCUUCACUUUUUGUCUAGCUCUGUGCAACGAACGUUAAUGAAAGCCUUAGUUCUUGGAGGUUUUGCUCACAUGGACACAGAUACCAAACAGCAGUACUGGACGGAGGUCCUUCAACCACUUCAGCAGCGGUUCUUGAAUGUGAUAAACCAAGAAAACUUCCAGCAGAUUUGUCAAGAGGAGGAGGUGAAACAGGAAAUCACUGCCACCUUAGAGGCACUUUGUGGCAUCGCUGAGGCUACGCAGAUAGACAAUGUAGCAAUUCUCUUUAAUUUCCUAAUGGACUUCCUCACCAAUUGCAUUGGACUCAUGGAGGUGUACAAGAAUACACCAGAGACUGUUAACCUCAUUAUAGAAGUUUUUGUUGAAGUUGCACAUAAACAAAUAUGCUAUCUUGGAGAGUCUAAAGCCAUGAAUUUAUACGAAGCUUGUCUGACCCUACUUCAAGUGUAUUCCAAAAAUAAUUUAGGUAGGCAGCGGAUAGAUGUUACAGCAGAAGAGGACCAAUACCAGGAUCUUCUUCUCAUCAUGGAACUCCUUACCAAUUUACUUUCAAAAGAAUUUAUAGAUUUCAGUGAUACAGAUGAAGUAUUUAGGGGACAUGAGCCUGGGCAAGCAACAAGUAGAUCUGUGUCAGCGGCCGACGUUGUCUUAUACGGGGUGAAUCUAAUUCUGCCUUUAAUGUCCCAAGACUUGCUAAAAUUUCCGUCGCUGUGUAAUCAGUACUACAAACUGAUUACUUUUAUUUGUGAAAUAUUCCCUGAGAAAAUUCCACAGCUUCCAGAAGACUUGUUUAAAAGCCUUAUGUAUUCCUUAGAAUUAGGGAUGACGUCAAUGAGUUCGGACGUUUGCCAGCUCUGCUUGGAAGCUCUGACACCAUUAGCAGAACAGUGUGCAAAAGCACAGGAGACAGAUUCAUCCCUCUUUUUAGCAACAAGGCACUUUCUUAAGAUGGUUUUUGAUAUGCUGGUACUGCAAAAGCACAAUACAGAAAUGACAGCUGCAGCGGGUGAAGCAUUUUACACGUUAGUAUGUUUGCAUCAGGCGGAAUAUUCUGAAUUAGUUGAAACGUUAUUAACAAGUCAACAAGAUCCUAUAAUUUACCAACGAUUAGCAGAUGCCUUUAACAAGCUUACUGCAAGCAGCACUCCACCAACUUUGGACCGUAAGCAGAAGAUGGCCUUCCUCAAAAGUUUAGAAGACUUUAUGUCAAAUGUCGGUGGUCUCCUCUGUGUAAAAUAAACACCAGAACUGUAUGCCCUAACCUUGACCCUUUCUGCAAAAUGCACUGAAAAAUGCUGAAAGCUGACUUAAUUUUAACGCCUGUUUCUGGGUUUUAUGCAGCCAUCCAAGAUUUUAGAGAGCCUGGAAGUUUUUAUAUAGUGCAGUGGAAUAGGAGAUGUCAACUCUAAAAUCAGCUUCUGCUAAUGUCUGUUAGCCACAGUCUGUCAUACCUUUUUAUGUUUUACAGAAUAAACAGAAAAACUGAAAUCUUCAAAGAGAGAGAGAGAGAGAGAGAAAAAAGAAUUCCACAAGUGCAUACAGAUGUGGGCACAGUCAAAAUAAGAACCAGUGCCUUGUCCCAAAUGGCCUCAAAUAGUGACGAUUCAGAUUCCUAAUUUUGUUGCUGUUACUAUAAACCCUUUUAGUGUGUGAUUUAGACACAUACAGAACUGUAAAACAAUUUUAAGCUUUAUUUCCCCCCCUCUGAAAACUGUGUGUGUAAUUAAGUGAAGAAGAAGAAGAAGAAGAAGAAGAAGAAGAAGAAGAAGAAGAAGAAGAAGAAGAAGAAGAAACACCAAAUGUUAUUUUUUAACGUGGAUUUAGGGUUUUUUGGGGGGUUCUUGUUUGGGGGGGGUUGGGUGUUUUUUUUUUUGUUUUUUUUACAUCAACCUGGCGUUGCAUGUUUGUGUAAUACAAGUUUCUACAUUAUAUGCUGCUGCCCUAAAGUUCAGAAAGAAGAAAGGUGUAUAUUUUUGUUUCCCCUGAAAUGAACUUUAGGAACUGUAGCCAUCUCAUUGCCUUAAUUUAAAAGAAAUAAUAAUAAUAAUAAAAAUAAAAAAUAGCUGAUGUAAGUUAGGUGAGAAAACUAAGGCAAGUUUGGGUCUUCAGAACUGUUUUAGAAUGUUGGCAUUAAGCUGCCAUUGUACCUGUUUGCAGCCCUCCUGUGUUUGAGAGUAUUAUGUCCGUGUGAGUGUAAAGAGAGAAGUUCAUGUGUAAUUUUACUUUCAAUAUCUAUUGAUUCAUGCCCAGGUUGUACACAACUGCAGUGUAUUUUUAGACUGAACUAGACUGAAUUUGUGAAGCAAUAAUGUUUCAAAUGGUGUAAAUUAUUAAUCUCUACAAACUAUUUUUUAUGUUGGGGCAUUAGAUUCGAUGGCUAGACUCCGCGGGUGUCAAACUCGUCUAGCCAUAAGCCGUGAAAGUUUGAUCUUCAAGAUUCAGAAUACUGAACUGUGGUCUGAUGUCUUGCCACCACUGUCAGAUUCCGCGGUGCUUGUCUUCUGCUGCUCUGAUCCCACUCAUUUAAUGUGUUGGCACUUUAAAAAAAAUAUAUGUAAGAUUAUCUUUAUGGUUUCAUCCUGCACCCACCAAAUAGGAGGUUGCCAUGGGAAUGAAGUGGCAGGAACUCAAGAAUAUGGAAGCAGGGAAUUUUUGAAUAGCCAAACUAAACCAAUGCUAAUGCAUAUGCUGCUGGUUAAAACGAACUGUUUUGAUGAAGGAAGGGGAUAAUUUGUCUCCAAGGCCUUGUGCUUCAUCCUCUGCAAGAUUCCCCCCCCCCCAGAAAAAAUUGGAUAUUUCCAAGUAGUAAUUUUUUACAUUUUACAUGGGGAUGUAUAAAACACUCGCCUCUGUAUAAGCAUCAUGUUUUCAAUUCUUUGCCACCCUUGAGCUGUUCAUCUCAAAAUUGAAUCACACUACCUGAUGCGUGAGUAUAGACACGCACACACACGUUGUGGAAUUUUCUAAGGGUCCAAAACAUAACUUCUUUAAUUCCUUCUUGGUAAGCCAUGAACCCAGAAAUCAAGAGAGGGAUUUGUCACUGUUUCUGCAAAACCUUUUCAUAGAAUGAAGACAGGCAGGAGCAAGUUGUUUUCCUUGAAUAAGAUAAGUUCUGAAAUACUUACUAGGGUAGGGCUCAGUUGAGAUACCGCUACUAAACCAUGGCUUUGGCUUCAAGAACACACCCUGGGCUCAGGCAUUCCCUUCUCCCCUCGCAGGCUCAUGCAUUCCCCCCAUGUUCCAAUGUGCCGAAUUUUGCAGUGAUGGCGGAACGGUGCAAAUGAUGGUUUCUACUAGCCAUAAUUUUUAUCCAAACUAAAAACCACUCAUUUGAGGACCAUGGUUUGGCUGUGACAUCUGAACUGAGCCCAAGUCUCUUCUCGGUUAAUAUUGUUUCACCUGUUUCUAAGCUAGUGUUAGUGUUGUUUUGUAGAAUGAGGAAAUUUCUUUGGUGCCUGUUUGUUUGAAAAUUUAGUUCCUGUGGCUCCACCAAAGCCAUUCUCACUCUAAUUAUGACAAAUUCUGAGUGUGUCCUUCUAAAUUAUUUGAUAAUUCGGGGGGUUCUAAAACAACAGCUUUCAAAACAUGGCCGGUUGUGUUGAAGGCCGUUAGUGGUUAGCAAAAUAGGCAAAUGUGUAGCCUAGGUUUCACAGAUGGCAACUACAUAGCAAAUUGGGGUGUAACUCAAUUGCAUUUUUCAGUUAUUGUGUAUAACUACUCUAGUUUAUAUAACUAGUGAUUAAAAUUGGUGCCAUGUGAACCUCUAAUUUCUGGAAAUAUGAGAUAAGAGGGUUAUCUCUAGAAGCUUUGAGAGUAAGUGGGUCUGCAAGAUUCCUUUUAAAGUGUAAAAGACUUGCAAGGCAAUAGUGAAACUUGCCCAGGAAUUCUACCUUCCUGGCUGGCUUGGGGAAAGAUCUACCAAACACUGCUGCUUUGCAGCCUCCAUUUUUUUCCAGGGCAUGUGCUACGGGCUUCUGUACAUGCCAGUGCAAAAUGAAUGGAACUUGUGAACAACAAUGCUUGGCAGACUGGUUCUAAAAUUAAGAGUUGUCAUGGAUUAUUUGUUAUCUUAAACUUUUCUUCCUCAUUUUAAAUGUAUGUUAUAUUAAAGGGACAUUGUCCAGUACAUUUUUACCUGAAUUUUUUGUAACUGUUAGUAAUAUCUAAGAAGGCUGACUAUCUUUUCUGUUUUUUUGUAUUUUUUAAAAGUAUAAAUGACAUUCAAUCUUGUCUUUCCCCAUCCGACAUGUUUCCAGAUGUCACAGUAUGUAUCUCCAGCUUCUGAAUGUUAGCAUUUUAACAAUUUCAGAGAUUUAUAGUAGCUCUGGAAACCUGACUUGGUGCAUAUGCACCUUAACCACACUGGAGAGCUCUUUUAUUACUUGACUAUGUCCAUGUCUUUAAAAGAAAGCAACCUUUAAUGAGAUAAUAUGUACAUCUAUUAGUGGGGGCACAAACAAAGCUCAUGGAAGUCAAUAAAAAAUAAUAAUGCAUUUCAGUUGGCUGUUAAUUUAAGUCAUGUGACUUUUUUACAAAAAGAAACUGGUUCAUUAACAUAAGAGCACUUUGUUUUGGCACACAGAAAUUAUAGGAAAUGCUUUAAAAUUUGAUUUAUGCAAGAAUCUGUUAUGCAAGCCACAGUUGUAUAAUUCUAACAUAUAAAAAUGUCAAAUGUGGUACUUGGACGCUUCCAUGGGAUGUCUGUUCUCAUGAUAAGCGCACCAAUCCUGCUCCCCCCAAGGUUAAAUUCAGCCUUUCCAAAACAUUCAUUACUCUUGGGAAUAGCUUUUUAAAAUUCCACCCUGCUAAUUGCUAGAUUGUUCAAAGCAUAAGAAUCUGACUGACACAGUUUAAUGCAUCUAGAUCAGGCAUCCCCAAACUUCGGCCCGCCAGAUGUUUUGGCCUACAACUCCCAUUAUCCCUAGCUAAGAGGACCAGUGGUCGGGGAAGAUGGGAAUUGUAGUCCAAAACAACUGGAGGGCCGAAGUUUGGGGAUGCCUGAUCUAGAGUAAAUUAGAGAAUUGAGCAUGGGGAAGUUAACUUUGAAAUCAUCAUGGGAGUCAAUAAAAGUGUUAGCAUAGUUAUAGCCAAAAGAACUGAACAGGAAUUCUAAUUUGUUCUUCCGUCUGGUUCUUGAAGAGGUUUUUUUGUACAUAAAACAAAUAUAUUAAAAGUGUGGAUAGAUAUUUAAUGGUCUCAACUUACAACAGAGCUAAAAAUCUGAAAACUAUUGUAAUCAAAGUUCAUAACUUGUAAAGGCAUACCUCCUAGCAAAAUGUAUUAUCACAAAUUAUUGUAGAAAUGAAAUAUAGCGGGGGCGGCGGUAAGUGAGUUUACAUUUCAGUGAAAAAGAAUCCUAAAUUCUAAUAGCAGCUCUGUCCUCCAUGACCUUUAGCGAAGAAAAAGUUAUCCUUCCUGUAUUCACAAAUACUGGGUAUAAUGCUUGUCAAGCAAUUAAACAAUUGUAAAGUAUAUUAUUGUGAAGUGCUUAGAAUCUAGCUCCAUAUGCUAACUAUGGUAUAACAACUACUAUUUGACAGUUAAUUGACUACAGUGUAAACUGAAAGAAAGUCCUGUGAUCACAGAAACACAGCAAAGCAAUGUUUCACACUAAUAGUCCACAUUUGUAUAAUAAUUCUAAAAUUGGCUGUAGUAGUGUGGUAGGUUUUUCCACUCUUGCAAUAGGGCAGAAUCAAGGAUGAUGUUUAAUUUGGGAAUACGUUGGGUUAUGUGAACUACCUCUAUGCCAGAAAUUGGUUAUGUGUGCAAAAGCACCUCACAGGCAAACAAAAACCACCUGAAAUUAUUGGUAACUCAUAGAAAUUUCCUUUUCCUGACUGAGCUGACUGGAAGGGUAUGCAUUUUGUUGAGUGGGCCAGCUGAUGUUUGUGGAGUCAUCUCUGUAACUCGAGUUUCUUCACUAUUUUGAGAAGUCCUCUAAGUAGAACAUGUUCUUUUUGGACUUUCAUGCUAUGCAAAAUUGGGUAAAUAUACAAAAUCUAUUUUUUUCCCCACGAAGCAGAAGACAAUUUAGUGCCACAAUGCUAAAGGUCCUUAGUUUCUGUAAGAUGUAGGUCAUGAAGGUUGCAAUCCUACACACCCCAGGAGUGAGCCUCAUUUAAUUCAAUGGGACUUAUUUCUGAGUAGAUAUGUGGAGUCUUGCACUGUAAAAUGUACAUUUAAACAUAAUUCGCCAUAAGACUGAAGAAGAACUUGUAACAUUUUCAGUUCUCAGCCUGGUCUCGACUAAACAAAAAAUGGAAUGACAGUGCUGAAAUUGCAUAAGAGUUCCUGAAUCCCACUGCAUAUCAGAGUAAAUUGAAUAUCCCAUGAUAAAGAGGAAGAUGACAUUAAAAAGCCAUAGGUUAUAUUCACCUAAGAAGCCAGAAUACUGGUGGCGAAGGGUUCCUUAUGAAGCUUUAUUUUUGUGGUGUUCCUGUUCUUGCUGUUCCCACUACAAUCUCCCUUUGCUCUGAAUUCUGAAAUACGGUUUUCCAAUUGUUUCUACUAAAGAUAAGUUUAUAGAAGCACAUUUUCAACCCAGUUUGGGAGUUAUUCAGCUUUCUACCUCUGUGUGCCACCAAAAUCUGAGUAGAAUCUCUUGCUCUUGGUAAUGCAGUGAAAUGAGCAUUCAGUAUUGGGAAGAGGCAACCAGGGUGCAAUUAACAUUGCAAAAUCACGAUUGCCUUCCCAACACCUUGGCUGCUGUUUUGUUUUCGCGUUUUAGGAGCUGGAAAAACAUGUUAAUCUUGGGCAACUAACAGUUUAUCUUCAAAUUACGGUAUUGAGGCUUGCUGUUGACUGAAUAAUGCUAGCCUGUUUCAGAAAUGAUUGUUUCUUUUCACUGAUCAGCAUCAUCAACUUGGAAACCCUUAGAUUUACCCGUCACUGCCCUUUCUCCUGCUCACACUAUAUUUUUCAGCUUCAUGCUUUGAUCGUAUAUCUCAUUAAUGAAGAACUAUUGCUGUAGGAUUUUUACCGACCUGCCUUGUUCAGCAAAUGAAUUCUCUCUAGAACAGCAUUUGAGUGGAAGGAGAAACAUUCUUUUAAUCCUGGCUGGAUGAUACUGAAACAUCAGAGCUUUCGUUUAAUUGACAAUGGGUUGUGUUUUUUUUUUUAAAGAAAAACGCCCAUAAAUGUAGCACCACAAUCUUGGUGCUUCAAUGUGUGUCGUUCAGUAUUUGGGUUUGGUAUUCUUUGCUGGGUGACUAGAAAAAUGUUUUAUUGCAGAAGUCUUGGAAGUAUAGAUUGCAACUUUUUCUUUAUUACACCUAAUAAUGGUUGCUUCUACAUGAAUGUUUGACUAUCUGAGCUUUUGUUUUCAACUCUAAAAAUCAUUGUAUUGUCUUUUACCAAAAAGUGGGAUUAUGUAACAGGCUUACAUGUCUUCUAUCUGUACUGAAGCAGGAGGUGGCUGCUGCAAGCAAGCCCACAGUACAAAUCUUUUUGUCUGGUUUAUUCUUUCGGUAAACUUAGUAAGUCAAUGUCAACGCUGCAAAAUAGCUGGGGCAGAGGGGCGGGGGAACCAUCUCCAAUGUUCGUCAUACCUGCUCUUAACUGU